AUGGUGCUAAUUGAGGGAAAUGAUGAAAAGGAGGAAAGUUUCAAAUCAGUGUUGUUACCAAAUGCUAAAAUACCACCACCCACCUUAAAACCAGAAGAUUUUGAACGUAAUCGAGAAUGGAGACCUCAGAUAGGCAUGUCACCUGCAAAUCAGAGAGCAUCGCUUGAUAUAUCAGGAAGAAAAGCCUUAAAUUGGCAUUUACCAAAAGGUGGAGCACAGUUUUAUAAUGCAGUACCUCCCUCAUAUGAUUCUCGAUCACAAGGAAGGAAUCAGUAUCGAAAUAAUUCUAGAUCUCAUUAUCAUUCUUCUUAUUAUGAAGAAGAAAGAAAUAUGUAUAAUAGUUAUAAUGCAAAUAACAGCAUGCAUUCGAGAUACUCGAAUCACUCAAGAAAUUCCUGGGCUUAUCUUACGGAAACCAGUAGGGGUUCGCCUCAGUGGACCGAUCCUUAUCGUCAGCAGUUCAGUCCCUAUUAUUCGACACAGGCACAUUGGGAUCCCAGAAAUCAGCAAUAUCCCGAACAUCGUCAACCAUAUUCGGGAGCGGCUGGUGCACGGUACCCAAACGUCCAUUCCACUUACUAUCGAAGAUAGAAAUGAACAAAAUUCGUCAUGGAUGUGUUUUGUUAUAUAUAAUAAAUCAUUUUUAUCUUGUC